AUGGCGGAUCCACAUAAAGAGUGUUUAAUGUUGAGUCGUUGGCGGAGUAUCUCCAUGGGAGCGUAUUACCAUAAAUUAAUCGAGCACAAUAAUAACAACAACCAUCCACCGCUGACACCGGCACAGACGCGGCAGGGGAGAGACGGAGAGAGGUGGGCGGGGGGCGGGCCGGGGGCGGGGGGCGGCCGGCACCGGGGGCGGGGCCAGCGAGCGGGACGGAGCACACGACACGCGGGCAGCGGCGGGGGCGGGCCGGGGGGGGGGGGGGCAAGCCCGUGUUUACGUCGUGUCGUCCCCGUCCCGUCCCGUCGUGUCGGUCGGUGCCCGCCGCUCGGCCGCCGAUCAGCCGGCACUCUCGGUCCGUCAGUGCGCGCCGUCCCGUGUCGCGGAGCGCGCGUCCCGUGUGUCGGAGUGUGUGUGUGUGUGUGUGUGCGGCGCGAGUGCUGCUCAGUGCUGCUGCUGCUGCUGCUCGUGUGUAGCUCUGUAAUUAUAUCGGAGCUGCGGCCGUCCGUCCGUCCGUCAAUCAAAGGUGACGCGGCGGUGAUGCAGAUCGAUGGCUGCAAGGACACACCAGCACGACCUUAA